AGGGGGGAUUCUGUCUGCCGCGGGAGGACAUGGCGGCCGAGGCCGCGCUCUCUCAGAGGCUUCGUGCUGCUGUUCACUACACAGUUGGACGUCUUUGUCAGGAGGUCGGGGAAGAUAAAGAGGUAGAGUUCAGUAAACAAACCAUUGCUGCCAUAGCAGAAACAACCUUCAGACAAUGUGAGAAUUUUGCCACAGACUUGGAGCUUUUUGCAAAACAUGGUAAACGGACCACUGUCAACACAGAUGAUGUGAAACUGCUGGCAAGGAGGAGCAAAGCACUGCUAAACUUCAUCACAGAGAAAUGUAAUGACCUUGCUUGCAGUAAUGCAGAGCAAAAAGAGAAGAGAGCGCUCACCACAGGAAAAGGAAAGAAGAAACCUGAUGACCACCUUGAGCCCAUAGUAACUGAGAGUGAAGAUGCUACCAUCGACUAAUCUACAGAAAAGGCAUUUCAAAUUGGAACUGGAGCCUAGAGUGACAUCACUGUAGGUCACUCAAAUUUUCCCCCAACCAAUUUUCUCAGGUCUCCUUUUGGAGAGGUGGGGAUUUCACGCUACAAAUGAACACGAGAAUUACAUGAAGUAGAGUAUGCGAUGGUUAUGGAAAUGAACAAAUAACAUGAGAUACAGGAAAAACAGAUGUCAUUCUAUCUUAGUAUGGCUACUAAUUUUAAAUGGUAGCCAGUGGCUUUGGAGUAUAAUUUACAGUUGUAUUAUCCAUCACAAAUAAGGUUCUCCCAGGAUUUCUGAUACAUUGAAAUUAGUUUUUGCACUCUUAAUAGGAAUGCUUAAUUUGCCUGUGCAAAAUAAUAGCACCUAUUACUUUCUUCACUGUUUUUUGGCGUCUUUCAGUGCUCAGGUUUUGCAUUAAAACAGAUGUAUUAA